CGCGGGAAGCCUGGAGGUGGAGCCCCAUGUAACAAGAUGACCCGAAGUUGCUCUGCAGUGGGCUGCAGUACCCGAGACACCAUGCUGAGCCGAGAGCGCGGCCUCUCCUUCCACCAAUUUCCAACUGAUACCAUACAACGCUCAAAAUGGAUCAGAGCUGUUAAUCGUGUGGACCCCAGAAGCAAAAAGAUUUGGAUUCCAGGACCAGGUGCUAUACUAUGUUCUAAACAUUUUCAAGAAAGUGAUUUUGAGUCCUAUGGCAUAAGAAGAAAGCUGAAAAAAGGAGCUGUGCCUUCUGUUUCUCUAUACAAGAUUCCUCAGGGUGUUCACCUUAAAGGUAAAGCAAGACAGAAAAUCCUAAAACAACCACUUCCAGACAAUUCUCAAGAAGUUGCUAGUGAGGACCAUAACUAUAGUUUAAGGAGGCCCUGGACAGGAGGUGCUGAGAAACUGGCUGAGGUGCAACAAAUGUUACAAGUGUCUAAAAGAAGACUUAUCUCUGUAAAAAACUACAGGAUAAUCAAGAAAAGAAAGGGCCUACAGUUAAUUGAUUCACUUGUAGAAGAAAGACUACUUUCUGAAGAAACAGAGUGUCUCCUAAGAGCACAAUUUUCAGAUUUUAAUUGGGAGAUGUAUAACUGGCGAGAAACAGCUGAGUACUCCACCGAAAUGAAACAGUUUGCGUGUACACUCUAUUUGUGUAGUAGCAAAGUCUAUGAUUAUGUAAGAAAGAUUCUUAAACUGCCUCAUUCUUCUAUCCUCAGAACGUGGUUAUCCAGAUGCAAACCCAGUCCAGGUUUCAACAGCAAUAUUUUUUCUUUUCUUCAACAAAGAGUAGAGAAUGGAGACCAGAUAUAUCAGUACUGUUCACUGAUCAUAAAAGGUAUCUCUCUCAAGGAACAACUUCAGUGGGAUCCCAGCAGUAAUAGUUUGCAAGGGUUUAUGGACUUUGGUCUUGGGAAACUUGAUGCUGAUGAAACACCACUUGCCUCAGAAACCAUUUUGUUAAUGGCAGUGGGUAUUUUUGGUCAUUGGAGAACCCCUCUUGGUUACUUUUUUGUAAACAGAACAUCUGGAUACUUGCAAGCUCAGCUGCUUCGUCUGACUAUUGGCAAACUGAGUGACAUAGGGAUCACAGUUCUGGCUGUUACGUCUGAUGCUACAGCUCACAGUGUUCAAAUGGCAAAAGCAUUGGGGAUACAUAUUGAUGGAGACAACAUGAAGUGUACAUUUCAGCAUCCUUCAUCUUCUAGUCAACAGAUUGCAUACUUCUUUGAUUCUUGCCACUUGCUGAGAUUAAUAAGAAAUGCAUUUCAGAAUUUUCAAAGCAUUCAAUUUAUUAAUGGUACAGCACAUUGGCAGCACCUUGUGGAAUUAGUAGCUCUAGGAGAACAGGAAUUAUCAUAUAUGAAGGGAAUCCCAAGAAAACAUGCAAAUUUGAAAAAUCAUGUAUUGAAAAUGAAUUGUGCCGCUCAACUCUUUAGUGAGAGUGUAGCCAGCGCAUUAGAAUAUUUGCUGUCAGUGGGCCUUCCUCCUUUUCAAAACUGUAUUGGUACUAUCCAUUUUUUACGUUUAAUUAACAACCUGUUUGACGUUUUUAAUAGCAGAAACUGUUAUGGAAAGGGUCUUAAAGGACCUCUGUUACCUGAAACUUUUAGUAAAAUAAAUCAUGUAUUAAUUGAAGCCAAGACUAUUUUUCUUACAUUAUCUGACACUAGCAAUAAUCAGAUCCUUAAAGGUAAGCGGAAAUUAGGGUUCCUGGGAUUUUUGCUUAAUGCUGAGAGCUUAAAAUGGCUCUACCAAAAUUAUGUUUUCCCAAAAGUCAUGCCUUUCCCUUAUCUUCUGACUUACAAAUUCAGUCAAGACCAUCUGGAAUUAUUUCUAAAGAUGCUUAGGCAGGUAUUAGUACCCAGCUCCAGCUUUACCUGCAUGGCAUUCCAGAAAGCUUACCAUAAUUUAGAGACCAGAUACAGAUUUCAAGAUGAAGUUUUUCUAAGUGAAGUAAGCAUCUUUGACAUUUCAGUUGCUCGAAGAAAAGAUUUGGCCCUCUGGACAGUUCAACGUCAGUAUGGUGUCAGGGUUAUGAAGUCGCUUUUUCACAAAGAAGAUAUUUGUCAAGACUGGUCUAAUUGUUCACUAAGUGAGGCAUUACUAGACCUGUCAGAUCAAAAGCGAAGUCUUACCUGUUAUGCUGGUUAUAUUGCAACUAGGUUAUCAGCUAUUUUAACUUGUGAAGACUGUAUCAGUGCACUGUAUGCAUCGGAUCUUAAAGCCUCUAAAAUUGGUUCACUGUUAUGUGUUAAAAAGAAGAAUGGUUUGCAUUUUCCUUCAGAAAGUCUAUGUCAGAUAAUAAAUAUUUGUGAACAAGUUCUAAGAACCCAUUCAAGAAUGGUAGUUUUUGAACUAGUUCCUAAACACAGGGAAUUGUAUCUUCAGGAGAAAAUAUUACAUGAGCUUUCUGGGCAUACUUAUCUUUUUGUAGAUUUAAAUGAGCAUCUCUUUGAUGGAGAAGUUUGUGCCAUCAAUCAUUUUGUAAAGCUACUAAAGGAUAUAAUAAUGUGUUUCUUAAGUAUCAGAGCUAAAGAUGUAGCUCAGUACUCUUUAAGACACCAUUCAGAAAGAACUGAAAGGAAGACUUUGUCAAAGAAACACGGGUCUUUACAGGAUUACAAAUGUUUAAGUUUCGCUAAUACCAAUAAAUUUAGACAUUUGCUAAGUAAUGAUGGAUAUCCAUUAAAAUGAGAGCUCUUAAAAUAUAUUACCAUUUUUCUUAAGAAUAUUUGGUCAACAUUUUUUUUAAAGCUCACUCUACCAUAUUUUAUAAAUUGACCAUUCUGCACAGUG